AUGAGUGGUGGUGAAAAUAACGGAAAUAGCAGUGUUAGUGAUGAGACAGUCUUAUCGAAUCAUAAGGAAGAACUGCUGUUAAAAUUCAUUAACUCUUCGCAUUUUAACAUCUAUAACUGCAUUGAACUGUUAUGCAAGCAUUCGGAUAAUGUGGGGAUUCAUUAUUACCUGUGUCAAAAAUUACUGACGUUCCCCCAUCAUGAGUUACACUUUUAUAUCCCUCAGUUGGUACAAGUUUUAUUGACUAUAGAAACUGAAUCUAUGGCAUUGGAAGAAUUGUUACUGCAAUUGAAAAAUGAAAAUCCGCAUUUUGCCCUAUCGACAUUUUGGCAAUUACAAGCAUUACUAUCAGAAUUAUCAUCCGAUCCUGAAUCCUAUGGAUUUCAAGUAGCUCGUAGGGUUUUGAACAAUUUACAGUCCACUUUAUUCCAUACCGGUUACGAUGAAGACAAGGAGCAGAAAGGUAAAUUGAAUGAAAAUGUAGCACCUUCGAUUGUUUUAUGUUCUAUGAUCAUGACAUCAAUGGCAAUGCCACAGGUAGGACCACUAGUUAAACCGUUGGUAGAAUCUCAAGGUAGACGUCAAAAGGCAUUUGUUUUCAAAUUGGCCAAGAAUGCAAUGAAAGAGCUCCGUAGAAACAUCACCAUUAAAAAUACAAAGUUGAAUACAAAAAGUAUUAGUUCCAGCUCUAAGAACGGUGAAUCCGCUCCUGGCUCACCUGUAGAUUUCGUGGAUUCGUAUAAGACAAAGGAAGAUUUUAAUUUCAAGAAACCGAGAAGUAGAGAGACGGAUUUGAAUUUCGAUAUUGUGGAUAAUAUUGGUGAAAGGGUUUUCCAAGAUAGAAUAUCAAAUUUCAUCAAGAUGCCCAAGAGAAGAACCAACUAUUUGGAUGAUUCAUUUGUACACAGGACUUAUCAAGACGAAAAUACAGAUGACAGUAACAACAAUAGUAACAACGAUAUAAGUUCAAUUUCCUAUUCACCUUCCAAAGGUUUACAUCCUUCAUUAAGACAUUCUUCGUCGACUUUGGACGGUUAUAAUGAUCAUAAAUUGAUGCAAAAUGAUAAAUAUACUAGUUCUAUGCCCAAUUUACUUGACGAACAGGUAAGUUCUCCAUCUGAAUCGGAAGAGAAAUUGUCGGCAUAUUCUAAUGAUAAUAACGAAAAACCUACUAUGCCUUCACGUUCCAGUUCUCAACCAGCACCAACAUUACCAGUUGUCAAGCGUAAACAAAGGUACGCCAGGCAAUCGUCCCAACAUACAAGACAACAGGUACCAAGUAGUGAAUUGAAGAAGCCGCAGGACGUGGAUCCAUUGACACUUUCCACAACGGCAAAAAUUAAGCUACUCAAGGCUAAUUAUUUCCGGUGCGAGACUCAGUUCAUGAUUGCAUUGGAAACUAUAUCUCAUAGAUUGGCACAGGUGCCCACCGAGGCGAGGUUCAGUGCCUUACGUGCUGAACUCUCGUUGUUAAACAGAGAUUUACCAGCGCAAGUGGAUAUCCCCACACUAUUACCACCUAACAAAAAGGGUAAACUUCACAAGUUAGUACUAAUAACCGCUAAUGAGGCGCAAGUUUUGAAUUCUGCCGAGAAAGUUCCUUUUCUACUUUUAGUUGAAUACUUGAGGGAUGAAUUUGAUUUUGAUCCUUCUAGCGAAGAAAAUCAAGAAAUCUUAAGACAAAGACCACAUGCUGGUACUUUUAUCUUUGAUUUAAACGAUAUUGGUAGAAGCAAAGAUCGCGAAAAAUCUGUACAAUCGAGAAAUGUGACAGAUUCAUCUCAACCAGAUCGCUUGGCAUCUGCUAAUUCCACCUUAACUGCCGGUAGUGUCGGCACUGAUGCCAGUGACCAAAUCCCAGAAUACAUGCCAGGUGUAGCAAAAGAAAUGGAUUUGGGUGACAUAUCAAUGAUUAAAGUGAAAAACCAAACCGAUGCGGAAGCAUAUAGGGAAUCGAUUGUCUUACAAAGUGCCACCAAAAUCCCCACCAUUAAUCCAGCUUCUGAAAAUAGAGCACCUGAAUUAAGCUUUGCAUCCAAUUUAGAAGAGGUAGUUGGUCCUGCGAAAUCUGGCACUCGUAAUUUCCGUGAUCGUACGGUAGAAUUAGCUGAUGAAAUGCGUAUAUCAGCAGUCAUGUUGGCUCAAUUGGAUAAAUCACCACAAGAAUUAUCUGACACCGCCAACCAAAUUAGAGCUACGAUUAUUAACUCUAUGAAAGAAGUGCAGGACAAAUUCGGAUAUCGUGAUUUGGAGGCCAUUCAUGGGACUGCAGGUGAACGUAAAUUAGAAAACGAUUUAAAGACGGGUGGUAUAGACACUUCAUAUCUUGGUGAAGAUUGGGCUACGAAGAAGGAAAGAAUACGUAAGACUUCGGAGUAUGGGCAUUUAGAAAACUGGGACCUAUGUUCUGUAAUUGCAAAGAGUGGUGACGAUUUGAGACAAGAAGCAUUUGCUUGUCAAUUGAUUCAAGCCAUGGCUCAAAUAUGGACCAAGAGUAAUGUCGACAUUUGGGUUAAGAAAAUGAAAAUCCUCAUUACAAGUGCCAACACCGGUCUGGUAGAAACUAUUACCAAUGCAAUGUCUGUGCAUAGUAUCAAGAAAUCUUUAACUAAAAAGAUGAUUAAUGACGGUGAUAUGGAUGAAAAAAGUGGUAUUGCCAGUCUAAAUGACCAUUUUAUCCGUGCCUUUGGUGAUCCCAAAGGUUUCCGUUAUAGACGUGCUCAAGACAAUUUCGCCUCUUCUCUAGCAUCCUACUCUUUAAUCUGUUAUCUGCUACAAAUCAAGGAUAGACAUAACGGUAAUAUUAUGAUUGAUAAUGAGGGGCAUAUGGUACACAUCGAUUUCGGAUUUAUGCUUUCCAACUCGCCUGGUUCUGUUGGUUUUGAAGCAGCCCCAUUCAAAUUGACUUAUGAGUACGUGGAAAUACUAGGCGGUAUACAAGGUGAUGCCUACAAAAAAUUCGUACGUCUAAUGCAAGAGGCAUUCAAGUCUUUGCGCAAAUAUGCAGACCAAAUUGUGUUCAUGUGUGAAGUCAUGCAGAAGGAUAACACUCAGCCUUGCUUCAAUGCGGGUGAGAACACAAGCGUUCAACUCAAGCAGAGAUUCCAUCUAGAACUUUCUGAUGCAGAAUGUGAUGAAUUUGUCGAGAAUUACUUGGUGGGUAAAUCACUCGGCAGCAUCUAUACGAGACUUUACGACCAAUUCCAGUUAAUCACCCAGGGUAUAUACAGUUGA